UUUUUAUGAAACGAGAGUUACCACUAUUUACAAACAGAAAGUAGAUAGAAAAUAAAACGAAACUUUAAAAGGGGUAUGACCGACUGAAAUGCAUCACCAGUAAUGGCAGAAAGUUUUCAAGAUAUAUGCUGGGAAAUAGCUCGAGGAUUCAGGGAUGCUGUGUUAGGAGCAGGCAAGAUCUUUAAGAUUGAUGAAGCUAAAAGUGACAAGAAGGAUGACCCCCCAGAGCAUCACACAGUCUUGGCCCAGAGGCGCGCUCAGAGGCAGAAACACACGCAGAGGGAGGAAAAAGCUCAAGCGGAACCAAGAGUGAUGCACAGGAUGAUCCAGUGCUGUGCCUGGAAUGGUGGAAUCUUCUGGAUGAGUAUAAUCAUUUUCAACUACCUCCUUUUGCCUGGCAUUCAGACCAUGACCUCUUUCCUAUACGGGGGUGAGAAGGGCCUGAUGUGGUCAUGGAUGGGCCCUAUGUUGACUUGGACAUUCAGCGCCCUCUGGAUUCUGCCCCUGUUUGUGCUCAGCAAGAUUGUCAACUGCUUCUGGUUUGCUGACAUUGCAGAUGCAGCAUAUAGGAAAUCCCGAGGCCGACCCCAGCUGCCUAAUGUCAGUAUCUUCAUAGCAGACAUGCUCUUUAGUCUACUUAUACAGACAUUCUUUCUGCUACAGGGUACAGCGGCCAGUUUCCUUCCUUUACCCACUGUGGCUCAGAUUAUCAGCGUGUUACAUAUGAGUUUGCUCUACUCACUGUAUUCUUUUGAGUACAAAUGGAUUAAUAUGGGCUGGGAGUUACACAGGCGUUUGUCAUACAUAGAGCAUAGCUGGCCAUAUUUCUUUGGGUUUGGUUUGCCGAUGUCCAUUCUCACUGCCCUGCCCUCGUCACUGGUGGUCAGUGGCUGCGUGUUUUCCAUUCUAUUUCCUGUGUUCAUCAUCAGUGCAAACGAGGCUGUCGACCUUCAACACAAUAGCCGUUUUCCUCUGCGUCUCUUCGCUCCAGUGGUAGCUUUAACCAACGCCAUAUUUCACCACACUCUAACAAAACGCAGUCAAGUACCCCCGACUGUGAAAAAACAGACUCGUAUAAAUAAAGAUGUUACAUAUAGGUGACAACGGUAUCUUCAGUAGCUUGGAAUGUGUUUAAACUGCAAUACUUUUGUGAUUUCAUUUAUUCCAUUUGUCUGCACAGUUUUGAGAGGAAAAGGUAAACUGUUGAAAUAAGUUGCUGAAAAGGCUAUUCACAUAAAAAUGUUUGUUUCUGGUUUCUAUAUCCAAUUUUUUUUUUGCACACCUAACCCUAAUUUUUAUACAGCCAUUCAAUAUAUUCUUUUACUGUUUAUCUUUUCUCCUUUUGGAUAAAUUUUUGGUAGUUUCUUGCUUUCGAAAGACACUUAAGAGUAGUGUUUGUAAAAACUGCUUAAGUUAACAUAAAUCUAGAUCAAAAUGCUUUGGUUUUAAGUGUGACAAUGAUAUUCAGACACACCUUAACCUAAAAGUAAAAAAAUAGAUAUCCUGACCUUCAUGUACCUACAUGCACCAUAAGUUUUGUUGGUAAUGAAAUCAGAAACAAGUUAUUUGGUGUUGGCCUUAAUUAAGUGAUUGACAUAAGUUUUAAUGGUUAAAUCUGAGUUGUGACAUUAAGGACAUUAACAUAUAUAAUUAUUAUAAUAUAUUAAAAUUUAUCCAGGACUCGGUUAUACUUUAAAAUGAAGUGCCCAAUGACAUUUGUAUUUGUUUCAUUGAUUAUUGGAUUCCAUGGAAACCUACGACAUUAACAUCUCUAUUAAACUCAUAACUGAAGUUAUGACAUAUUCAGUUAUCUGAUGACAUCAUAUAUGUAGACACUCAUAUUAGACAGGAAUGUUUUUUUGUGUUUUUUUUAUUUAAGACAGGUGUGUUGUUGUUGUUCAUUUUUAGAUGCAAUAAAUGAAUAGUAAUUAUGUGAUUUUUGGCUUGUAUGUUCCUAUUGUAUUUUAGCUUUUUUACGGAUUUUCAUGCAUGUGAAUAUGUUGUGAACAAAUUCAUUGUUUUAAUCAUAAUGUGAAAACAUCCUUAUUAUUACACUAGAGUUUGUUCAGCAGGAUCAUGCAAUUUAAUCACAAGGAUAGUGACCACUGUUAUGUACUAUAUCAAUCAAGUUGCAAAUAAAUAGGGCGCCCUGUAAGUGAAUAAUGUUGUUAUUUAUCUGCAUGCUAGCUAUUGAAUGGUUAAGCCCCGUCUACUUGUUAUUGAAUGGUUAAGCCCCACCUACUUGUUAUUGAAUGGUUAAGCCCCGCCUACUUGUUAUUGAAUGGUUAAGCCCUGCCUACUUGUUACUGAAUGGUUAAGCCCCGCCUACUUGUUAUUGAAUGGUUAAGCCCUGCCUACUUGUUACUGUUCUGAUAUUGGAGUUGAUGUAAAGACUAAAACUAAGAAAACUUCCAUAUUUGGUACAUCAACACCUUUUCUAGGGAUAUAUGACACAUAGAUCUUACCAUAGUCUAACUGGACACAGGGAUUUCCCCUGCUGAAAAAAUGAGAAUAAUUCAAACAGAUUGAUAGAUAUAUGGUUUCAUUUGAUCAGUUUUAUGAAGCUUUACAUAUAUAGGCAGCAUCAACAGAAAGAAAAUAAAAGCUGUUGUACCAUCAAAUUGUAGUUUAGUUAACCGGUCGUCAUGUAAACAAAAAAACUUAGUCGUUUAAAAUAACAAUAAUUUCACAAACAUUGUAUCUGAAAAUGUUACAGAAUAACACAACAAUGCUCUGACUAUCAAACAUGUCUUAUUGUGUCUUCAGUUCGCUUCAUAAUGAGAUGUGAGAUGUAGUUCUCGUUGACUUGUACAACUUUCAUUGAGUUUCCCAUUCAACAUUUGUUAUAAUGAAAACUUGUUUUGAUAAGUUGUAUCCUAUUUUGAUAUGAUUUAGAUGUUGUUGUUAACAAGAUAAUAAAUCAUCAAACUUG